AGAGACUGGGCAAAACAAAGGGGAGCAGGGAGGCCUGAGACCCUUAAAUCCACAGUGAAUACACCUAGGGAUUGAGGGGCCUUGUAACCAGGUCCUCUGCUGCAAUCUUAGCACCUACUGUGCACUCAGAGCUUGACUCACACUGCAGCUGUAAGCCUAUUGCACAGACGAACACAUCAGGCAGAGAUUGCAGACUGGUCAGUUUUUUGAAGAGCCAAGACUAUCUAUCAUGUGCUGUCACUCCAAGGCAGACAAUCAAGGCUGUGGGCUGGCCAGAGGGCUGGUCACAAUUUCUUCUGCCCCUGCACCUGCUUAUGGGAUUUAGGGAAGAUAAAAGUGGGACUUCCCAGUGCUCACUGGACACUGCAGACACAGCUACCAACUGGUACGCACAGUGUGGAUGUCACCCCAGCCUGUGGCAGGAGCUGGCUGGCCAGAACAUGAGUUGGAUUCUAUACCUGAGCCUCACCCUUUGCCUGAUGGUGCAGACAGCCCUGGGUGCUCAGCACACCAAGGAACCUCUAGUGAUUACCAAAUAUGGGACCCUCCAAGGAAAACAGAUGCACGUCGGGAAGACACCCAUCAAUGUCUUCCUAGGAGUGCCCUUCUCCAGACCGCCUGUGGGUGUCCGCAGGUUUGCUGCCCCAGAGCCUCCAGAGCCCUGGGAAGGAAUCAAAAACGCCACCACCUAUGCCCCUGCGUGCCUUCAGGAGUCCUGGGGACAGAUCACCUCCAUGUACUUCAACACGCGGAAACAGUACAAGUGGCUGCGCUUCAGUGAGGACUGUCUGUACCUGAACGUGUACGCUCCCGUGCGCGCGCGUGGGGACGCUCCGUUGCCGGUGAUGGUCUGGUUCCCAGGAGGUGCCUUCCUCGUGGGCUCCGCUUCCACGUACGAUGGCAAGCAGCUGGCCUCUCGCGAGAAAGUGGUGCUCGUGCUUCUGCAGCACAGGCUAGGCAUCCUGGGUUUCCUGAGCACGGGCGACAGCCAGGCCCGCGGGAACUGGGCGCUGCUGGACCAGGUGGCUGCUUUGCGCUGGGUACAAGAGAACAUCGCAGCCUUCGGCGGAGACCCACGCUGCGUGACCCUGUUUGGCCAGUCUUCGGGGGCCAUGUGUAUUUCGGGACUGAUGAUGUCACCCCUAGCCCGCGGUCUCUUUCAUCGGGCCAUUUCCCAGAGCGGCACCGCAGCACUCAGAGCCUUCAUCACUCCUGACCCGCUGAAGGUGGCCAAGACAGUUGCCCGCCUGGCAGGCUGUACCUACAACAGCACACAGAUUCUGGUAGACUGCCUGAGGGCACGAUCAGGGGCUGAGGUGAUGCAUGUAUCUAAGAAGAUGGGAUUCUUCCACCUGAACUCCCAGAAAGACCCUCAGGAGGUUGUGUGGUUCAUGAGCCCGGUGGUGGAUGGUGUGGUGUUCCCAGAUGACCCAGCAGUGCUCCUGAGCCAGGGGCAAGUUGCACCUGUGCCCUAUCUUCUGGGUGUCAACAACCUGGAGUUCAGUUGGCUCUUACCUUUUAUCAUGAAGAUCUCACUAAACCAGUUCAUAAUGAGAAAAGGAAUCAUCACCAAGCUGCUGUGGAGAACCAGUACCCUGUUGAAUAUCACCAAAGAGCAGUUACCACUGGUGAUAGAGGAGUACCUGGGUGACAUUGAUGACCGUGACUGGAAAAUGUUAAGAAACCGUUUAAUGGACCUAGCUGGGGAUGCGAUCUUUGUGUACUCCACACUACAGGCUGCCCACCACCACAGAGUUUCCCUAUUCCUAGAUGCUGGCUUCCCUGUCUACCUGUAUGAGUUUGAGCACCACACUCCCACCGGCGUCAUCAUCAAGCCCUGCACUGAUGGGGCAGACCACGGGGAUGAGAUCCACUUCAUCUUUGGGAAUCCCUUCUCCAAAGGCCAUUCCACAGUUGAGGAGAAAGCACUGAGCCUCCAGAUGAUGAAAUACUGGGCCAACUUUGCCCGUACAGGAAACCCCAAUGGUGGGAAGCUGCCUUACUGGCCACGCUAUAACGAGGAGGAGAAGUACCUGCAGUUGGAUUUCAUCACGAGGGUGGGUGUGAAGCUCAAGGAGGAGAAGAUGGCCUUUUGGAUGAGACUAUACCAGCAUUAAGGACCUGAAAAGCAGAGGCACUUUUAAGAGUAGCUGUGCAGGAGAGUGUCUAAGGUAUUUCCCCACCACCUAAGCUUUGGGGAGACUGUCCAUGGACACAUCUGGGACAAAUGUUCUGCCUUCCCCAAUGUAGGACCUGCAGAGACUCCCUACUAUCUCCAGGCCAGAGCUAGAGCCUAAGCCAGUUGUUUGGGGCUCUGCACUACACUCUUCAGCCUGACAUCCCAUGAUGCCCCCCUGUCUCACUGAUUCUAGCAGGUUAGGCCAGGUUCUAUUACUGCUCCAUUGUGCCCAGCCACCCAGCCUCAGGACAAACCCAACUCUUCCUUCUCCAAAUCCUCCCACCCUUCAAAGUCUACUUGAACCCUUUGUUUAGAUUUCUUUGGGGAAAUCCACCCAGACUGCCACUGCCCUUACCAUUGCACCCAGCUUGUCAUUGACCUUUCAUCCUGCUCAGCCUUGUGCCUGUUCACAUUACAUUGGCCUGAGGCCUUGGUCAGAUUAUUUGUUAUGUGGGGUGAAGCUUUGAUAGCUUAGGGUCUUCUCCUCCUUGCAUACUCACCUCCCAUGAAACCCCUCCAAAGCCUGGACACAGGGAUGGUCCUCAAUAAAAACAUGUUGAAUUGACCUGAAUUUCUCCAUCUGUAAAAUGCUUGAGUGAAGCAGAGGACAUCUUGAUUUGAGCCAUCAGAGAGAGAGGGUGUGUUGCUGCCUGCUCCUUGUUGGGCCCAGCCUGCUGUGCUACAUUCAGACAAAGGGAGCUGUAGCAAAGUUGCCUGGAUUGCAAUAUACCUGGCUUUUUUCUUCAUUAUCUCAGAAGGGACCUCAGGAUAUCCAUACUCCAUCCUCGCUUGUCCAUUGGUGUAGGUCUUGGUGCUACAUCCAGACUCCUCACUCUGGCCUCUCCUGCAACUCGACCUGGGCAUACCGCAGCCUGUCCCAUAGGGUUUUUUUGGUUCAGUUUAGUUUGCUGUUGGUUUUUUGGUGGUAAAAUAUACAUAACAUAAUAUUUACCAUUUCAACCAUAUUUAAAUGUCCAGUUUAAUAGCAUUAAGUACAUUCAUGUUGUUAUGUAACCAUCACACCAUACAUCUCCAGAACUUUUUCAUCAUCCCAAACUGAAACCCUGCAUCCCUUAAUUAACUGCCUAUUUCCCCUCAUUUCCAAACACUGGUACCCACUAUUCUACUUUCCACCCUAUGAAUUUGACUAUCUCAGGUACCUCAUAGAAGUGGAGUCAUACAAUAUUUGUCCUUUUGUGUCUGGCUUAUUUCCUUAGCAUAAUGUCUUCAAAAUUCAUCCAUAUUGUAGCAUGUAUCAGAAUUUCAUACCUUUUUAAACUGAAUAAUAUUCCAUUGUAUGUAAAUAACAUAUUUUGUUUAUCCAUUUAUUUGUUGAUGGACAUUUGGGUUGUUUCUACCUUUUGGCUAUUGUGAAUAAUGCUGCUACGAACAAUAGUGUAGCAUCCCAUAGGUUUUAUGUCCCAAACUACAAUGUUGAUUAGACUCUAUUCCUAAGGGUUCCUGAGUUGUCUCUGAGGCAACUAGAAGCUGCAGACCUGUGGGGUCAGGGGCACUCAUUCCUCCAGCAUCUAAGCCCCCAAAACAAAGGGGUGGUUGGAAGAGGGGGACAAAGCCCCUUUCAAGCAGAUUCAUGUUCACAACAACCCUGUCAUGGAUUUUAUUACCCUAUAUUAUAGAUGAGGCAACUGGGACACAAGACAUAAAAGGUCUUGCUCAAGGUCAUUACCUAGUUGUGGAAGAAUGGAAAUUUGAUACAGCCUUGUCUGACUCACCCUGCCACCUCCAUCCAAACCUGGAACAAUCCCUGAGAGAGGAUGGCCCCAGAGGACAUGUGGCAGCUCCACUCUCUGGGAGGCAUAACCAGCAGAACAUCCCUGCCCCCCUCUAGCCAGGGGAUAGUUAACCAAAGAGCAGUUCAAUGGGACCCUGAGUGAGAGGCUGGAUGCUCUCUGAGACCCCCUGGAAAGCGAUCCUGGGUAACCUGUGCAGAAACUCAGCAGGGACCAGCUGGGCUUGAUUCAUCCCAGUGCCUACAGGAUACCCUGACCUGGAGGUCCAAAGGUCUGACUGCAGGUCAGUCCAGGCCUGCUUGUGAGGGUCCCUCAGUUCCGUCCUCAGACUCUCAAUCUGGGGAAGGAACCUUCUCCAAAGAGCCACCUGCCCAGAGGCUGCUCCCUACCCCCACCCCCCAGGCUACUGUCUCCUAAAUCAGUGGGAGUGAACCUGAGGAGGAGCUAGGGUACAGUCAGGGCCCCACCAGAUGCCAGGAUCAUAAACGACUCCCAGGGAAACCCUAGGACCUUAUCUCAGAAUUUGAGCAUGGAGGGAUUCCAGUGGACAGCCUGGAUGGUAGACUGGCCCCCUGCCUCCCACAGCCCCAGCCCCACACCACCCUGUCCUCUUCCUCAUGGAAGAGGGAGGCGGGGAGGGCUACCUACUGCUCUGUCUCCACCUCCGCUUCCCGGCUGCACUGAAGUCUCCGGUGGCCCACCCAAAGGCGUUCCUAAAGUCCCUGCCAGGCUCCACGGCGCUCCACUCCGCAGGGAGCGGUUCACAGAACUGACUGGAUCUUGGUGAAGGCCCUAAGACACUUGAGUGGCUUUUCCCUGGGUUCAUCGCUGUGUGCCAGGGCCGCCAAGAGGAAGAAGACGCACCGGUGUAAAGCCAGCUCUUGGAACAGCGUGGACACGCGUCUCCUGCCAGCCCCACGGCUCAGCUCAGGCUGAGCCUGACUCCCCAGCUCAAGAAGCGGAGCCCCUUGCUCUCCUCCGACACCCCGCCUGCCCCCGCCCCGCGAAGCAGCAAUUACUACCAAGGCAGCUGAGGGCCAAUUAGUGCGGGAGACUCGGAGUGUGGGUGGUGCCCGCGCUGACCGCAAUCCCCGCAGCGCCGCCGCCGCCCUCCUUGCCCGGCAGACAGCGCCAGCGGCCUGGGAGCCUCUGGGGACGCGCCGUCCGCCUUCCGCCAAAGGCAGUGAAGGAUCAGUCGCCUGGCGCGGGGCCAGAGCCCGGGCGGACGCGAGGGCGCCGGGAGCUGAAACUCGCAGCCGCUGGGGGUGGGGGCGAGGGGAACCGGGCCUCUCUCCCAGUGAGGGCUCCUGCGCUCCUGACCGCCUGUGCCCAGGCGCCAGCCAAUAGUCGCCUGUCGGGCCGGCGGCAGGAGGCGCGGUGAGGCCGAGCCGCCCCAGUCUCAGGCAGGCGACACAAACGCUCUGGGCAGGGGCGGGCUCUUCCAAGCCCCUUGCGGUCUCAUGGUCCUCCUGGCUUCUCGCUCUCCAAACAAAGCCCCGCCUGGGCUGGCCGCCCCCAGGGCAGUUUCCUGCUGGUGGCCGUGGAGGCCUGCGCUGGCUGGUGCCCCGUUGGCAGGAAGGUGGGCAGGAGUUUGGGUGGGCAGUGCAGGGCCACAGGCUCAUCGCCAAUGGGCUUCCUCUCCUGGGUCCCUGCGGUGCACAACCUGACUGGCCACCUGUGGGCUUUGGGAGACCCAAGAGGUAUCAAUCCUGCCUUCCAGAAGCCCACAGGCUGCCAGGAGAGAUACUCCAGGGGCCUAGCGAGAACCCCAAGCUACUAAAAGCUCUGAGGUCCAGAGAGGCAUCAGGUGAAGGAAAGAGGGGCUCGAAGAGGAGCAGUGGGGUCAGAUGCCACCACUUCAAGCCUUCUCCUUCCCCAACUGACCCCUUCCCAGCCCAGCUGGACACACUGGAGCCCUGUCCUGAGGGACAAGGUAAGCCUAUGCCCAAGACAUGCUACAUGAGGCUGAAGUUUCUAGAAGAGAGGAAGCAGUUGGGGGGAGGGUUCAGGAAGAAGUUUCACAAAUGGGGUUGACCAAAGAGAUCUGCUGUUUCCCCCAUCAGUGCCACAAGGGGCUGGGUUAGAGGUGCUGAGGUCCCUGACCAGUACUGGGUACAGUGGCAUGGGUUUCAGGGUGGCCUUUACUCUGUGCCCUCUGCCCCCACCCCUCUCAUGUCUGGCCUUAGUAGGAAGGGGCUGGCGACCUGCUAUGUGCCCCGAAGGGCCAGAUUUCCUGUGAGUGAGAGGAUAUCACUCUUCUAAAGGAGUCAGAACUCUCCUUCUGAACUCUCCUUCCACAUACCAAAUUCAUUGACUGUGUGGAGAGAGAGUGCCUGCGAGAAAUUGGGUUAUGGGGAUUGAGGGAGGAAGGGAUGCAGUGACAAAGACACCACCUUGAGUCCUUCAUGAAAUGAGGUGGAAGUAUAUUAAAGCAUGAGGAGAGAAACAGAAGCAGAUGAAAGAGACAGUGGAACAAUCCGCCAAGAAAGUCAAGGGGUAGAGGGAAGAAACAGAAGCAGGUGGACACACACCCAGACAGGCAAAUGGACAGAGAGCCAGGGCGGUGCUGAGGCUGUUCAGGCUGGAAAAGAGAAGUACCCAGGUACUCAGAAGAUGGCAGUAAGUAUGGAUUUGUUUCUAAUCCCCGUUGCCUGGCCACUGAGACCUUGGAGGGGGAUGAUAGAAAGGGUCAGCUGGAAAGGCUGUGAGAGCACGGUGGAGAUGCUGACCUAACGUGGGUGAGGUGGUGAGUCAGAGAAGUCUUCUGGAGGAGCACGUGAAAGGACCAGUAGGAAAGAGUGGAAGGUCUGGAGGCAGAGAGGGAGGGGAAGCUACGUCAGCUAGAAGGCACGACAGGAGCAAAGGCCUGGAGAUUGGAAUUAGCCUGUUCCAUCCUAGCACCUCUGUGUAUGUGUGGGCCAUGCAGAAAGGCAGAGGAAGCAGGGCCCAGAGCUGGAACACCAGCCCUAUAAGCCUGGGAGGGAGCAUGGACUCUACCUUGAGGCACUGGGGAGCCAUGGGAGGGACAUGUCCUGGUUAGACUUAUCUUCCAGAAAGAUCUCUAAGAUUACAAAGUACAGACAAACUGAAGGAAGAGAGAAUAGAAGUGGGGACACCAGGGCAGGACAAUGCAAAACUAGACAGUGAGUCCUUCGUGGAAGAGAGCAAGCAAGUUCAUAAAGCUGAUGGACAGGACUUGGUGACAGAUGAGGAAAGAGGAGGUAGAAGUUGAGAGAGACUCCUAGAUGUCCUAUUGUUCCAAGGAGCUUUUGACAAAAGCAGGCCAGCUCUGACCCUUCCCCUCCUCUACCUACCAGAUGGCCCCUGGGGCACUCUGGCUGAGAGCUCCCCCACCCAACCCAGCCUGGGGACUCAUCACUCCUCUCCAGGAGCCUGGGAGACCUCAGCCCCUACCUACUGGAUCCAGGAAAAGUCCCAAGGGGGAGUCCUGUCCAGGAUGGGGACACAAGCAAGGCCUAGUGUUGCUGGGGAAGCCCCUUUUCUCUCCCUUCCCUCCAUGGAAAGCUAAUCCAGACAGGACUUUAGCCUAUUACCACUGACUCCAUAAAAUCACAGUAACUCCAUGGCUGCAAGGAGUUGGGUUUGAGCCUAUUGGUCUGUGGGGCAAAAUGGAAGGGGAGGAAGACCCAUUUGAACCCCGAAAGAACUCAAGAUCAGAUGGUCUCACAGAGCAGAGUUCAGCAUGCCUCUUUUAGGCUGAAUUUGGAAGCUGGAUAUUCCUGUCUGGGCCUAUUUUUCUGUGUGUGUCCUCAGGCAAGCCACUUGCCUCUCUGGGCCUGGUUCUCAUCUGUGCAUCUGGGAACAAUCCCGGUAGGACACUACUCCAACCCAAGGCCCCUCCAGCUGUGGUCUAGGACUCAUCCACAACCAGCUCAGCUCUUUCAGCCACAGACACUGGUGAAGAGCAUGAUGGUGACCUCAACAAGGAGCCACUGGGUGAUCAUUAUGAAUUUCCUACCAUUAGGGAGUAAGAACGCUUUUGAGGGGGGCCUGAAUGUGGAAGAAAAGCCUUUCAGGAAAUUAGCACCAGUGGCAGAAAAAUUCAUCAAAAGCUGGCAGAGGCGUCUGUGGCUGAUUCAUGUUUCUUAACUAAGGAGCAGCUCUUCUGGCCUGGAGGAAGGACUGAUAUCCUCCAGGGCCUUCCAGAGACUCCAGAUCCAAGAUUCUAAAAUUCUGGUUUUGUUGCUGGGCUUCUCAGGAGCACCACCAGGAGCACUACCAUCAAUUUGCUACUUCUGAAACAUGGAAUUCUGGAGUUCAGUGGUAGAAAAGGCCACUGGUGGGCAGGGAUCUUGAGUUUUAAUACAACUGUUUCCUCUGCUGUGUGACCUCAGACAUUCAUUUGGCCUCGCUGAUCCUCCCUGCCAGAAGAAAUCCUGACUGCCUGGCUUUUAGGUGACUAAUUUAUCUACAAUACUCAGCACAUCUGGGAAAAGAAUAAUUUUUUAAAAAAGUGAAGAUGUAAACAUACCCAAAGAACUCUUGGUAAUGGAAAUCUAAUGUGAGAAACAGGGAAACAAUCAGGAGCCCAUUGUGCUGGGUGGUAUAGGCCUCCCUCCCACAUCGCCCAGGUUAUGGUAGACAAAAGAGCUAUUGCAGCAUGCACCUCCAGGGGGCACCACUUACUUGGUUUACAGGGUGAAUGAAAGCCAGGCUGGCACCUGAGUUCCAGCCCUGCCUCCUCUGGGCUUGCCACCUGUACAUGCGCUUACACCACACGUGCCUCAGAGAAGGCUCUGACUGGGCGAUUGCUUGGUCACCACCUAACCAAAGCAUCCACAUCGGGCAGUCUUUGGAGGCCAGUGGACUCCCCUCAGUCCAUCCAAGGCUGUCUUUGGCUACCAGAGGUGGUCCUUCUCAGUCAUUUGACGCUAAAAGAAGCAGAAUCCUUUGAUGUAGCAGCCCCCAGCGCCUCAGGGAAUCCCUUCCAGGGCCACACACUGAUUCUGUCAUUGCCACCUUCCCUGGCUCACUACAAAAGAAGGCAAGCCAGAGGCAGUUACCCUCUGUUAUAGAAGAGCAUGCACUCCCAGCCUUGCUCUGCCAGCUUCCUUUUCAUUUUCAGGCCCCUUCUCAAGCUCAUUUUAUGGUAUUUUGACUGGACCUUGAAUGAACUCAAAUUGUUAUCCAGGGCAUCCCUUGACUGCCAAUAUUUAUAGUUGGAUUUGUAUCAAAGUACAGAGUUGUAAAAAUCCUAGAAUUUCAGAGCCAGAUGGGACCUUUAAGAUUGUCAUAGCCACCAUUCUUUGAGAGCUUGUAACUUUGUGCCAGACACUAACCAAGGUACCAUCUGGUGUUUUUGCCUGUCCAAUACAUCCAUUCCUUUUCCUGCUAUAUUGCCCUGUUGACAGCAAUUCAGUGUCCACAGUUCAGGUAUUAACAGAUAACCUAAACAUGGCCUAUUAAAGUCAACCCCAGAUUUUUGUGGGAGUAUCAGGAAAGGGCAGUCCUCACCACUGGGGGGUGGGGGAGGGUAAGUCAGCAUGUGAACAGAAAAACAGAACCAAGAGACUGAGAGAGAUAGACAGACAGACAGAUUUCUGGUGUCAGUGCUUGAAUACCUGGAUCCAGCCAUGCCUGAAGUCACUUACACACGCAGAGCUUUCAGUUAAAUGAGCUGAUACUUUCCCUUUUUUGUGUGAGCCAAUUUUAAUUGGGCUUCCAUUACUUGAAACCAAAACAGUCCUGACAGAUACAAGUAGAUGUCUUUGUCCUCAAUUUAUAGAUUUAAAAACUGAGGGUGGCACCUGGGUGCCUCAAUCGGUUAAGCAUCUGACUCUUGAUUUCGGCUCAGGUCACAAUCCCAGGGUUGUGGGAUCAAGACCUAAGCUGGGCUCUGUGCUUGGCAUGGAGUCUGCUUAAGAUUCUCUCUCUCUCUCUCUCUCUCUCUCUCUCUCUCUCUCUCUCUCUCUCUCUCAUU